AUGCUUGCAGCCCAAAACGCCAAGCUUGGAUCUCAAGACAUGAAGUUUGAAAUGCAGAACGCAGAAGUCGACUCAAUACAUGGCGGGCGAAUCCGCCAAGAUAUCAUCAGGAUCAGCGAGGAGAAAAGCCUCAACGUUGCCGCACGCUGGGAAGAAGCGUUUCUGGUUCACUACAAUAUCCCAGACGCCACAUGUGUUGACAAACUUGGUCGCCUACUUGACACCCCAGAUGAGAUUGUUAACUUCAUUAAUGAACGCGCCGACAUAUCCGUUCCUCUAUUCAGAUGGCAGAGCUUUUCACCUCAACGGAAUAUGCUCCUCGAAGCACAUGACAGGUUCAUCGGAGCAAGGAUCGUCGACCCGACCAUAGAACUGGACCUAGACUCGGUUGAUCAUGUUAGAAACCUCGUUACCAUAUUCACUAAGAAGGAAUAG